AAUGUCCACAAGUCUGGUCUCGAAAGGCCCACUGGAGACGCAAAUGGUUGGUAUGGCCCGAAUGUUGGUGGUUUUGUGUCAUAAUCUGACUCACGACAACCAACCAUUGGUCUCGCUGAGAGGCUGCAGAAUAUAUAGGGGCCUUUCCAUCAUCAGUCUUGCUGCGCACUCCCGCCAAUUUACGCAACAUGGCAACCUCGAACGAGGACUCAACGGACCAGCCUCCGUAUCCCUCAUGGUCCGAACUCAAGUGCGCACGGAAGUCUCUCACUUAUUCAAAGGGGUACUGGCGCAUCCACUGGCCUCUCGAAGGCGAGUAUCCCGCAGCCAUCUCCGUUGCCGCUGAACGGCGAACAGCAAUCGGUCUCGAGCCAUUCUACGAUCCAACCACCGACAAAUGGCAUGAUAUUGCGGACCUUCCUCUCACCACUCCGGUCAAGAUCUCCUCUAUCACGGCCGAGAUGAGGGAGCUCAAUGUGUACGAGCGGGACUGGGUCGAGUGCCAUCGUUAUUGCGCCGGCGCGAAGUUUGUCACUUAUGGAGAUCUCGACGAUGAUGUGAGGCCGUACGCCAAGGAAAUGAAGGAGGAUGGCAGCUGGGAGGAGGAUUCCGACACGGAAUACCUCAUCCGAUGCUGCGGAGAGGAGCGGCCGAUCGGGAAAAGGGCGUUGACGCUGAAGGUCGUUCCUCCUCCUGAGCGCGACUAUCUCACGAUUCGCGACUAUAUAAGCGCUCUGCAUCCUUUUUUUAUGAGCUUGCGCGAGGACAUCAUGAAAGCCAAAGAAGUAGCGCCAUUCGAGCAGUUUGAUAAGCCCAGAUCCAGGAAAUGGAUGAUCCUACCUGGUCCCUUACACAGUCUCUCAAUGGGAGACAGAUGGCCGACGGCACCCGAGUAGUGCUCAAUACUACUGCUCUCUCUGUGGGAAGAAAAUAAGACCACAUCAGCAUACCGACAGGCUUCCAUCGCAAGUACCCCCUUCGUCAGCGAGCAUGGUUGGAAGAUGUGAUUCUCUUGGAAUUGAUAGCUGUAUAUAUUGCGCUCGUAGUGCUGAUAGACCCUUCGAUCUGCAAUUCUCCUGUGAAGGAGAAGAUUGCUGUAAGAUUGUUGGGCGUAAGAGUAUAUAUGCCAAUCUCUUAGGAAAUGUUGUUCUGAGGUGGAAAGACAGUAUCGAACCAGGACUGAGUAAUGAGACUAGCUGUAAUAGACUCUGCUACUGAAAGUACAUCUAGAACCUAGUUAUUUAU